ACCGCGACAGCCACCAGUUGACCACCAAAACUCCGGUGCAACCUCCUUCUUCCCAUCUGCGGCACCGCGCGACAACCCUCCCGUUCUUCCUAGAUAUCUUUUCACAACUCAGCGACGAUGGUAAACAUCAGCGAAGUCAAGGGCAAUGCGCGCGAGAACAGAACUGCGGCGCAUACCCAUAUCAAGGGAUUGGGCUUGCGAUCAGACGGCACCGCCGAACCCUCUGGCAAUGGAUUCGUUGGGCAGGCUGCUGCUCGUGAGGCCUGUGGAGUCGUUGUAGACCUGAUCAAAGCCAAAAAGAUGUCCGGAAGAGCAGUACUUUUAGCGGGAGGACCUGGCACCGGCAAAACAGCUUUAGCACUGGCAGUAUCGCAAGAGCUGGGAACGAAAGUGCCUUUUUGUCCCAUCGUCGGCAGUGAAGUUUAUUCUUCGGAGGUCAAGAAGACAGAAGCCUUGAUGGAGAAUUUCAGAAGAGCAAUCGGCCUCCGUGUGCGCGAAACGAAAGAAGUUUACGAGGGUGAGGUGACCGAACUCCUCCCUGAAGAAGCAGAGAACCCUCUCGGCGGCUUUGGCCGCACCAUCUCCCACCUGAUUAUCACCUUGAAAUCUGCCAGAGGCACGAAAAAGCUCCGCCUUGACCCCAGCAUAUAUGAAGCCAUCCAAAAGGAGCGAGUGACGGUCGGCGAUGUCAUCUACAUAGAAGCCAACACGGGGGCAUGCAAGCGGGUGGGCCGCUCAGACGCCUAUGCGACAGAAUUCGACCUCGAAGCAGAAGAGUACGUGCCAGUUCCCAAGGGGGAAGUCCACAAAAAGAAGGAGGUUGUGCAGGACGUGACACUGCAUGACUUGGAUAUCGCCAACGCGCGACCUCAAGGUGGCCAGGAUGUUAUGAGCAUGAUGGGCCAACUAAUGAAGCCGAAGAAGACCGAGAUCACGGACAAAUUGAGAGCAGAGAUCAAUAAGGUGGUGAGUCGAUACAUCGACCAGGGUGUGGCGGAACUGGUUCCUGGCGUCCUCUUUAUCGACGAGGUCCACAUGCUCGACAUUGAAUGCUUCACCUAUCUCAACCGCGCCCUCGAAUCCCCCAUCUCCCCAAUCGUCAUUCUUGCCUCAAAUCGGGGCAACACCCUCAUUCGAGGCACGCAGGACAUCACAGGUGCCCACGGCAUCCCUCCCGACCUCCUUGCACGCUUGCUCAUCAUCCCCACGCAUCCAUACAACGCAUCCGAAGUACAAACCAUCAUUCGUCUACGCACAAAGACCGAGGGUCUUUCGAUAUCUGAACCCGCGCUGGAGAAGGUUGCACAGCAUGGCACAAACGUCAGUCUACGGUACGCGCUACAGUUAUUGACGCCUAGCAGCAUUCUUGCCAAGGCCAACGGGAGGACGGAGAUUGGUGUCGAGGAUGUAGCGGAGUGCGAAGACCUGUUCAUUGAUGCGAGGAGAAGCGCCAAAGUCGUGGAGCAAGCAGGAACUUCGUUCAUCAGUUGAGGGCAUUGAAAGAAAACGCUUCACCAGAGUCAUUUAUCGUGCCCCUCACCGAUCAGAGUGAGGACGUUGGCAUGCAGAGCAAGAGGUACAAAAAUGCAGCCCAGUCCCCAGCAUGGCUGAGGCUGCUCCCGACAUGAUGUCGAACGUCCAGCUGAAAAGAUUAAGGCAGCGACUUCAGGGCUACCCAACGCGACAGCAUCUAUGCGAGAGAAGUUGCAGAGUUCCUCGCUCUCUGCCAUGAAAGCUACGAAGGUGUUUUGCGAAGACGCCAGAACCCACGAGAUGACGAGGGGUUUAGGUCUGGGAGAUGGAAGGGGCACGCGAAUCAUGUAAAACACCCAGAAUUUGGACCGAUCUCAGUUUCUGCAUUGUUUGGAUUGGAACAUCUCUCAUGUGGAUGAUGCGGUCGGUUAAAAUUUGACCUUUGCAACUUCUAGUCUGUGUGAAACCAACAGGACCCGCGUGCUUGUUAUUGCUUAUAAAAUGCCUGCUCUUCUACUCUUUGCUCUCCUGCCAUGGGUACAAGUUCACCACAUCAACGCACUGCAACUACGAGGAGAUAUAUGACGGGAUGAUCGGAGCGAAGGGAGAUGGAGAACUACCUGCACAAGAAAUCGUCAGCGCAUGAACUCGACAAGUCCAC